CAAACACACACACACUCAAUACUUCCCAUGUGUAAGCAUUCUCAAACACACACACACUUAAUACUUCCCAUGUAUAAGCAUUCUCAAACGCACACACUCAAAAACACACACACUCAAUAUUAACAACCUCUCCCUUGCAGAUGUACAGGCAUUCAUAAACACACGCUUGGGCACAUAUACACACACACACACACACACAUUCGCUGUGCUCACUCUCUCUAUGCCCGACAGCAAUCAGACCGUACACAAGCCCACUGAGAGACAAAUCUCCUCUUCUCACGCUAUGCUGAGGGCAUCUUCCAGGUCAAGGAGCAUCCAGCCCAGUCUAAAUAGCCUUGUGUUGACACUGUAAACAAACGACCAUGUUCCACGAGCUAAUGGGAACGUUCUAACUCAGUGUUUCUCAGUCCAAUUCAGGGGGUGCACAUUUUUGUCCUAGCCCAGCGCUAACAUUCCAGUGUUUUAAUUGCUAUAUUGUAAUUACUUAGCCACCAUGGCCUAUUUAUUGCCUUACCUCCCUCAUCCUACCUCAUUUCCACAUGCUGUUUAUAGAUUUUUCUACUGUAUUGUUUAUUCCGUGUGUAUUCCGUGUGUAACUCUGUGUUGUAUGUGUCGAACUGUUUUGCUUUAUCUUGGCCAGGUCGCAGUUGCAAAUGAGCACUAGUUCUCAACUAGCCUACCUGGUUAAAUAAAGGUGAAAUCAAAAAUAAAUCAAUAAAAAAUUAACAUAGCCUGUAAUCCUAGCAGAUUUCUUCCAUUGGCUAACGCUAACACAUGCCCCAAACAAAUCGACAUGUCAAGUCAACAUAUAGCCACGCCGUUGAUUAGUCGAGUCUGGUGUGUGAUUACGGGGCUGGAGCAAAAAUGUGAUUUCCCCCCCCCAGGAAUGGAUUGUGAAAGAAAGUCUGUUGUGUGGUGUCUAAUUGCGUUCAUUAUGUUCACAGGUUUUGUCUCUCACAGUGUGGUGACAACAGAAAAGAUUAGUGUUUCGUCAUCUUUUUGUUCUCUGCCUUUGUCGGUCUGUUUCUGUUGCGUGUACACUGUUCAAAACAUUAAGAACACCUUCCUAAUAUUGAGAUGCAGCCCCCUUUUUGUCCUCAGAAAAGCCUCAAUUCGUCGGGGGGAAUGGAUGAUGAAAAGCGUUCCACAGGGAUGCUGCCCAUGUUGACUCCAAUGCUUCCCACAGUUGUGUCAAGUUGUCUGGAUGUCUUCUGGGUGGUGGACCAUUCUUGAUACACGCGGGAAACUGUUGAGUGUGAAAAACCCAGCAGUGUUGCAGUGUCUUGCCCCUCUGAAUGGCCAACAUACACAAUCCAUGUCUCAAGGCUUAAAAAUCCUCCUUUAACCUGUCUGCUCCCCUUCAUCAACACAAUCUUUGAAGUGGAUUUAACAAGGGACCUCAAUAAGGGUAUUGAGAUCAUAGCUUUCACCUGGAUCAGUCAUAGAAAGAGCAGGUUCUUAAUGUUUUGUGCACUGUGUACAGUAUAUUGUGAAAAGGAUGUGAGAUGUGUAAUUGUAAAUCUCUCCGUCUCUCUCUCCACCAUUGCGCUCUGUGAUUGGCACAAUGGAACUGAUGUUCAAGUGCUCCGUUUUAGCUUCUCUCUCGUUCUCACCCCCCUCUCCACUAUUGUAUGAUGAAGGCUACAGUAUGUUCAAGUGCUCUGUUAUGGCGUCCAUUUCGCCCUCUCUCUAUUUCUUUAUCUCUGUUCCUCUCACUCUCUUCCUCUCCUCUUUUCCUCUCUGCCACGCUGCUCUGGUUUAUGGGAUUGUCUGAAAGGUGGGGACGCGUGCGACAUGACCUGCUCCCCCCGUUUGAGCUCUUCCCCGGGCCCGUACCUCCGCUCCCCUCUCUCUCCCGUGCCCUCCAACCUCGCCCACAGUCGCGACGUCGACGGUGUCAACCCGGACGCCGAGACAUGGAGCAGCGCCGAAGACGCGCCGCCUGUAAAGCUGAGGUCGCGUAGCUGUGACAACCUGCUCAACGACGGGCACCCGGGCGGCACCGGCGGGCACAAGGCUACCCGUUCGGAGAGCGCCGGGUCACUGGUAUUCGACAACCCGUUGCGGCAAACCGCAUCGUCCUCUAACCGCUCCUUGCCUCGCCCACACCGGCGACGUGCCCACGAUGCGCCAGGCUUCUUGAAGCUCUACCGCAAGAUGCACCACAUCGACCGCGCCCAGCUGCUGCCCUCUGACGUCAUCCGUUCGGUCCGUGUCCGCAUCCUGGAGCUGGAGCGCCAGCCGCACCUCUUCCCCCGAAAACUCUCCCCCUGGGGGCCGUCGUGGGGCCUGGAGGUCCCUCGCGAUACGGUGCCAACGCGCAUCUCCACAUACGAGCAACUCAUCCAGAAGUCCAAGUCGAUGCCCGAUUUGGGAGAUAGCGAGGUCCCGUCUGGCGCAACCACGCCCGGCGGGUCAUCGUCCCGCGCCAGUAGUAGCGGGGGAGGAGGCGGCGGGGGCAGGGAGACACCCGGGUACCCCAAACGGCGUUUCUCCAUUGAGUCUCUGCUAGAGGAGGACAUUAACAAUGGGAACGGGACGUCUCAUCACGCUCACCAGGGGGCGAGGAGCCCACCCGAGGGUCAGCCCCGCCUCGCCCUGGACCCCCACAAUUUCCCUGACCCCCACGUAUAUCGACGGGCUGCUGUCCCGGGGGCCGAGUACUCUGAGUCGGAGCAGGAUGUAGCCGCCUCGGACCUCAGUGACUUUGCCCAAGUCGAAGGAUCCUCCUUCUGCAGCGAGAGCGAAUUUGACCACUGCUCGCUCACCUCGUCAGUCGAGAGCUUCUACGGCCCCUCCUCCCACCACCACCACAGCCACCGCCACAGCCACAGCCACCACAACCCUAGUCAUCAGUCUCUCGGUCAGGGUCAGGGCUACCAGCACCGUCACCUCAUCAGCUCGUGUAAAGGACACUGCCCGGCCUCCAACACCCGCUUCACCACCAUGCUGCGCCACGAGCGGGAGCGGGCCCGCCAGGAGCUCCGGCAGAAACCCCCCCAGGCACAGCAAACCAGACACGGGGAAAGAGGAGGGAGCGGAGGGGACCACCAUGCUCUACCCCCCUCGUCCCAAGCAGCCCAAACCCAGCAGGGGAUGUCCAAGCUGGCCUUCCUCGUCAGUCCUGUGCCUUUCCGGAGGAAAAAAGGUGACUCUCCACCCACUUCGAGAAGAAGUAGUGGAGGACGAAGUACCAGGCCCAAGUCUAAAGAAGCAGUCUAUGAAGCUUUGGAUGCGGCAUUGAGGGAUAUCUACGAACACAUCCAAGCGGAGCGAGGCCGGAGCGGCGCUAGGCAACCAGACGAUAGUAUCCUCCGGAGGCUACUGGCUGAGAUCCUCCCGGAUGUGCCCGAGAGGAGCUCCUCGUUACGGGGGCAGAGGGGGAGCUGCAAGGGGGGUCCCUCCUCGAGCUCCUUGUACCCCGACGGGAGUCCAACGGUGUACGGCUCGUCGCCGCGGCUACAGUCACCGCUAAGUGCCUGUUACAGUCGUCAUACCGAAGCCUCCAAUAAUGACAACUAUGGAGAGGAGCCAGGCAACGGCAAUGCAGGUGGAGCAUACACACACACACAUACAUACACAGUACACACACCAACCAGCCCUUAGUCCCUCUCCUUCCUCAACUCCCCCAGUACUGCCUGCCUGUGACCACCUCCCUCCUACCAGUCACUGUGCUCCAGCAAUGGGCCAAUGAACAGAGCUGAGGUUAAAGAAGCCCUGUUCCUAUUGGCUCAUCCUCAAGACACCCAGGGGCCGCAUGCUUCCUCUUCAUUCCCUUAUAUGGUUAAAUGACGUUGUUGUUGACUGUAUUUGGUCCCCUAUCAUUUUGAGAUGUAUCGGUCCAUCCAUGACUAGGUUUAGUUGUGUUGUUGCUGGCGCAGAUCUCUUUUUGCUACGUGAUUCUCAGUUGUUGUUUUUGCUGUAUCGUUUCCCUCCCCUUUAUGUGCCUUGUUAUAUUGAGCCACUUGUAUUUUAUGAUUUUGUUAUGGAUGGUUUGUCAAUUGGAUUGAUGUAUUUUUGAAAUGUACCGUGAGCUCAAAGUAUUGGGACAGUGACACCAUUUCAGCUGUUUUUGGCUCUGUGGGCUCCAGCACUUUGGCUUUGAAAUGACACAAUGACUCGCGGGUUAAUCCUUAAGAGUCACCCGUGCGUCAGUCGAAGUAACAUAAUAAAAGAAAUCGUUCGGUUUCAGCUGGAGAUGUUGCGCGGACUGCAUCUCCAUCCCUCCCCCACAUCCUCUGACAGUAUGUCGGCCUUCCACGUCUGCCGUGGAUGGUGGCUGAGCUACAGCCGUGUUCGUCAGACCAUGAGACAUCCCGAUAUGGACAAUUUUUAUCAAUUGGAUAAUUAUAUUUUUGGAAUGUCCAGCGAUUAAAAAAAAAAAAAAAAGUUUUUUAUUUUUAAUUCCAUUUUUGUUAAUUUGUCCCUGUCCCAAUACUUUUGGAGCUCACUGUAUGUGCUUGCUGGUUGAAAUGACUUAUCCUUCUGUUCUCUUCUGUUCAAAUGUUCUGUUCCGGUUCUGUGACCUGCAUGCUUUUCCUUUCAAUCAUACUGUCCUACGCUAUCCAAACCAUGUGUUUUCCCCCGAAAUGGAAAUAAAAUGCAUUUUAAUUCAUUCAUUAUUUGAUUUAGUCAUUUUCCUGCCCGACACUCAUUCCCUGGAUGACGUCAUCGCCCAUUACGUAUACCAACGUGGUUUACUCAGGGAGGCCGCAACGCUACAGAACGCUAAGACACAGAAUACAUUGAGUAGAACAGACGUUCCGCUUUUAAUCGUGGAUAAUAGACAAUUGUGUCAGCUCUAUAAUGUUGCAUGUCCACCUGCAGCGUUCUGCACAUGUCACCCUUCUGAAUCCUCCCAUGGGAAAUGUAACGAAUAGAGCCAACAUGAUGUUCUGCAUAAAAGACGAUCGUGUCAGUUUCUGCACAAUGCAUUUCUAUCUGAGCAUGCUGUAACGUUUUCGCCCUUCUGAACGUGCCUCCCGGCGCCGCUGUGCAUGUGUCGUCCCAUCGCCGUGGUAACACUGUUUUGUUGACCCUGAUGAUAACCCCUGUUCCCCCC